GCUAACCACUCUACUCUACGGCCAGAACCGGAGAAGAUGAAACGGAUACCAGACCUUUCUCAGAUGAUCAGAUCUCACUUACCAAGGCACACUGAUAGCGCGCUGAAUAUCACUGAAAGUCUGAAACAUAUUUGAAAAGAAACGAGAGAGAAUCGAAACGCAGAUACAGAGAGGUCCGGAUUAGCAAUCGAAUAUGGAUUCCCCGCAAGCUGGACCCGAGAGAGAGAGAUCAAACCCUUCCUCUUCUCCUAUUCUCGUCAUUUCCAGUUUCUGGAAAGACUUUGAUUUGGAGAAGGAAAAGAGUGUGCUGGAUGAGCAAGGACUUAGGAUAGCUGAAAACCAGGAAAAUAGCCAGAAAAACCGGCGGAAACUUGCAGAGAGCACAAGAGAUUUCAAGAAAGCUUCACCAGAGGAAAAGUUAAACUUGUUUAAUUCUUUGCUCAAGGGUUACCAAGAAGAAGUUGAUAAUCUUACUAAGAGAGCGAAAUUUGGAGAAAAUGCUUUUCUCAAUAUCUAUCAGAAACUUUAUGAGGCUCCAGAUCCUUAUCCAGCUCUUGCCUCAAUUGCUGAGCAAGAUCUGAAACUCUCUGAACUAGAAUCCGAGAACAGGAAGAUGAAAGUUGAGCUAGAGGAAUUCAGGACAGAAGCAACUCAUUUAAAGAAUCAGCAGGCAACAAUAAGGAGACUUGAGGAACGCAACCGUCAGUUAGAGCAGCAGAUGGAGGAAAAAGUGAAAGAAAUAGUGGACAUCAAGCAACGGAGUUUGGCUGAAGAGAACCAGAAAACACUAGAAGCUUUGAAAGAAAGGGAGCAAUCAUUGCAAGAUCAAUUGCGCCAUGCCAAAGAUAGUGUUUCCAAUAUGCAGAAAUUGCAUGAACUUGCACAAAGCAAGUUGUUUGAACUUCGUGCUCAAUCAGAUGAAGAUGGGGCGGCAAAGCAAUCAGAAGUCAAUCUAUUGAUGGAUGAAGUGGAAAGGGCUCAGACAAGGCUUCUUACUCUUGAGAGAGAAAAGGGACUUUUGCGCUCUCAAUUACAAACAGCAAAUGAAGAUACUACAAACAAGAAAAGUGAUAAUGUAGAUUCUAGUAGUAUUCUUGAGACUUCUUUGAGUGCCAAAGAGAAGAUCAUCUCUGAACUGAACAUGGAACUCCACAAUAUUGAAACAACUCUAUCAAAUGAGCGGGAACAACAUUUGAAUGAGAUGAAAAAGUUGAAUUCAUUGCUCAAGGAAAAGGAUGUUGCUCUUGAUGAGAUGAAGAAAGAACUACAAGCUAGGCCAACCACAAAAAUAGUUGAUGAUUUGCGUAAAAAGGUGAAAAUUUUGCAGGCAGUGGGUUAUAAUUCUAUCGAGGCUGAAGAUUGGGAAGUAGCUACUAGCGGGGAAGAAAUGAGCAAAAUGGAGUCUCUUCUUCUUGAUAAAAACCGGAAAAUGGAGCAUGAAUUUACACAAUUGAAGAUUAAACUCUCUGAGAAAACGUCUUCACUAGGAGCAGCUGAAGGCAAGAUAUCAGAGCUCACAUCAAAGGUUAAUGAACAACAAAAACUGGUACAAAAGCUGGAAGAUGAUAUAUUGAAGGGUUAUAAUUCCAAAGAGCGAAAAGGCGGUCUAUUCAAUGAUUGGGAUCUUUCAGAGGCUGGGGGGACUGAGCUAUCUGAGAAUGCAGAUCCGAAACAUGUUUCAGCAGAUCAAGAUCAAAGCUCAAUGCUUAAGGUGAUAUGCAAUCAGAGAGAUCGAUUUAGAACACGUUUGCGAGAGACAGAAGAGGAAAUAAGGCAGCUGAAGGAAAAGAUUGGGGCUCUGACAGUGGAACUGGAAAAAACCAAAGCUGAUAAUGUUAAACUGUAUGGAAAGAUUCGAUAUGUCCAGGAUUAUAAUCUCGAUAAAGUAGUUUCUAGAGGAUCAAAAAAGCAUUCAGAAGAUUUGGAGAGUGGGUUUUCCUCAGAUGUUGAGUCUAAGUAUAAGAAAAUAUAUGAAGAUGACAUAAAUCCAUUUGCAGCAUUCUCGAAGAAGGAAAGGGAUCUUCGGUACAAGGAAUUGGGGUUCAGGGAUAAAAUUACGCUCAACAGUGGGCGUUUCCUCCUUGGCAACAAGUAUGCUCGGACUUUUGCAUUUUUCUACACCAUUGGCUUACAUCUCCUGGUGUUCACCCUUCUCUACCGAAUGUCAGCUCUGAGUCAUCUUAGCAAUGGGCUGGAUGAAUCCCUUGUUGCAGACAACGUGAAUCUCCCUCGUGCAGUUUAAUGUUUCUUUUCAAUGCACUCACUUGAGUUUUGCACACAAGACAAGAAAUUAGGGUUAAUACCGUGCAUAGAAAGGUUAUACCUUGUAUAUAGAACAACAAAUUGCUUCCUCUUCUGCACUACGUGCUUGCAAGUUGUUGAUGGAUGGUGAAAUGAAAAUAUCACAUUUUUGUAAUUACACGAAGUUGAAAAUCUUGUUCUGAGGUUGUAUGCAUUUAAACAAUGAAGUCGUUAUUGUAUGGGGGUGUAUUGCCGGCUGUCGGUGCUUGAAA